AUGCCAGCUCAAUCUACCAAACAAGCUGGAUACACAAGCGAUGCUUCCGAGGGUCAAGUUCGUCGAUCCUCAAGAGUCACCACCCCUAUCAGGAGAUCUGGAAUGAUCAACCCUUCACCAGAUUCACGUCGUUCAAUCACCCAGCCCCUUUUGUCCAAUAGAACUGCCACAGAAUCAAGUACAACUCAACCCAGAAAACGAAAGGCACCCUCAGAGUUUGAUUCAGAUUCGAUCUCCCAAGACACACCUAUUGCCACCAAACAAAACGGAAAGAAACCAAACAAUUCAAGUUGCUCUCAAAGAAAUCCUGCCAACUCCAAAGCUCAAUCUUCCCAGGCUACUGAUUAUAUCCAAGACUCCGAUGAAGAAAAUUCAAAGGCACAACCAAAACGGAAAAGGCGCAACCCUGAGUUUGAUGAUGCCAAGGAUUUUUUUUCUGAUCCAUUCCGUCGCAAGGAUGAUCCUUCUGAUAAACCACCACAGACAUACAGCUAUAAUCUGGAGCAAAUCUUGGAAGAGGAGGAUGAAGAUGCUGCAGAUGGAUUGGUAGAGGAAAGCGAUGCUGGUGACAAUACGGAUAGCGAUAUUUAUAACGAGGAUGAGGAUGACGUGGUAGAGGACGAUGAUGUGGUAGAGGACGAUGAAUAUUCUGAACCGGAAUGA